AUGAUUGAAACUGCUGGGAAAGAUGCGGUGUUAGAAGAACCGAAAAUCAAUCUACAUGAAAAGGCUAGUGCGGCUGAAGAUCUUGAGGUUAAUCAAAAAAUGGGUAUUGAUGAUGAUGUUAGUGGUGUUAAUGAUGCCAUUGGUGUGGAUGAUGGUGAUCCUAUUGAUGAUGUAGAUUUUAGUGUUGAUGUUGAAACCACUGUCGAAGAUCAAACCAAUACUUUUGGUAUAAGAGAAGUUGCUUCCACGUCGACAAAUGCCAAUCUAUCUACUCCUACGGAUGAAGAAGUUAAAAGGAACGGCCUUCGCUCGCAAAAUAACGUUGAGAUCAAGUCGAUGCUGAAUGAUACUGCAGUUGAAACCGAAGUGAUGAGGGAUUCGAAUUUGGUUACGAAGCACAUUGCAAGUAAUACACAACUCAUGCAAGAACUGCCGCUAGAACUAGAAAUGAAAUUCCGAAAAGAAGCAAACGCAAAGAAAAGAAGAAGGUUCUCAGAAGACCAAACAGUAUCUAUCAGAUAUUAUAAUUAA